GCUUGAAGAAGAAGCCAUUAGCUUCCAGUCAGCUGCGUGUUUACCGCACCUGAAAAAAAAAUCUUCUUCACGUGACUUUAAUGAGUUGAGAACUUAGAUCAAACCGGUCUUUUUGUCGGUGUAGCUUUAACUCCAACUAUGGCUCAUCUGACUGAAAACCCCGCUGAUAAAGAGAGGUUCAUCUGCGUCUAUCCCGUCUACAUCAACAGCAAGAAGACGCUGGCUGAGGGACGCAGGAUCCCCACAGAGAAGGGAGUGGAGAACCCGUCCUGCGCAGAGAUCCGUGACGUUUUGACGGCUGCAGGAAUGAACGUCUACGUGGAGAACAAGAUGCAUCCCAGGGAGUGGAACCGGGACGUCCAGUUCAGAGGUCGGGUCAGAGUCCAGCUGAAGCAGACGGACGGCAGUCUGUGUCAGGACAAGUUCAGAUCCCGGAAGGACGUGAUGUUCUACGUCGCUGAGAUGAUCCCCAAACUAAAGACUCGAACCCAGAAGAGCGGAGGAAGUGACAGCAGCGGCCAGCAGGGCGAGGGGGGCAAGAAGAGCAAGAAGAAGAAGAAAUGACCUCAAACUUCUUCUUGAGGUUGAAUCUGAGUUGGACUGAACUGAAUCCUGAAACUCCAGCUGCUUGUUUUCAUUUUCUCUAGAAGUUUAAAAUCCUCUACAGAAUUCAUCUGUUAAAUAUUCAUCAUUCCAUCUUUAACUAUAAGCUGGACGUUUCUCAUCCAGCAGAUUUCAGUUCUUCAGUAGAAGCAGAUAAAAUGUUUAUGAAUCUUUAAACAAACGUUUGAUUUCAUCUCCUGGUUUCUGUCACUCAGCCAAACAUCUGGAGCUUUAAUAUUCAUUUGUUUGAGCUUCACUGUUUCCUCGUUUGUUACAGAAAGACGAACUGAACCUUUAGCUGACUGUCAGAGUUCAGAUGUUUUUCAUUUUAUGAAAAUUUCUGUUGAUUUUUAUAAACAGGAAACUUUCUGUUGUUCAAAUCUCUAAAAAUAACAGAAAACUUUGAAUUUCAGUAAAACAAUUUGAAACUGUUGAGCAAAAACUGACCUAAAAUAAUAAAAAAAAAAUCCAAUAUCAAA